UUUGUCGUAAGGAAAUCAUCUCGGUUCCGUUAUACAUAUAAUAAACUAGCAAUCAUGAAGUGCAUCGCAGCUGUAGUCAUGGUAGCUUUUGUCGCUGUAGCCCGAGCCGGUCUUAUCUACAGUGCACCGUGGGCUUACACCCUGCCCCACACCACAGUCGUCCAGAGUAACUCAGCACCGAAAUUGGUGGCGGCGGCCGCAACUCCCUUCAGCGGAUGGUCUUUUGCGCCAUCGAGCGCCGCUGCCUGGCCCUUCCAUAGUGCCCCGUACUACGUGCCCUAUGGUGCUCCGUUUACUUACAGUGCUCCGAUUUCCUAUAGUGCCCCCAUUGCAUACAGCGCUCCCGGUCUGCUACUCCAGAAGGAGGCUCGCUAUCUGGCUGCCAACCGAGGUGCCAUCCACGAGGCGCCCCUUCCGGGACAUGAGUACUCCCAGCAGCAGCUCAAUCUGGAACCAGCUGCGGGAACCGUUUGAACUGACACUGACUGCAAUGUGAUGAUAAAUUAUGAAGAAUUUUGUGACUGAUUAAAAAGUGUUUUGGAGAAAUAGUUCAUUUUAGUUUGAAUAAUAAAUGAUUAAAAUCUAAACUUUCUGUGAGUGAAAUACGUUUUUGAUAGAAC